GGUGCCCGGAGGGGUCGUCACGAGCACGUGCGGUGCCACCAGCCCUCCGUGGGGAGGGGUCUGGCUGUCCCCAGGCCGGGGGGACGCAGGGACGCGCUGUGCCCGUGGGACAGCGCCCAGGGCCCCCCCCGAUGGGAACCUGACCCCGCCGGGGGGGCAGGGGGGCCGGCAUGUAUAAAUGCCGCUCCCGGCCGCGCUGCCGGGCAGGUGCCGGCGGGCACCCGCCGAGAGCCACGCGGGUCCCCCCGGCCCCCCCCCCGGGCCCCCCAGGACCCUGACCCACUUAUUCCCCCCCGGCGUGGGCCGAAAGCCGAGCCGGCUCCGUUUCGGGGGUCAGUUACAGCGGGCGCGGCUCGGGUGUCGCGGCUCGGGGGGCCUCGGCACCCCCCGGCGCGGGCAGCGCCAGCCCGGCAUGAAAAAGUCAUGAGCAACCAAAGCUGGGGCUGCUUGCGGCAACAAUAACCGGGCACCGGGCUGACACCGGAGCCGCGGGGCAUCGCCGCGGCACGGCCGCACCCCGGCACGGGGGUCGGGGCGCUUCGGGGGGCCCGGGUGGUGGCAGAGCCCGUCCCCGCCGGUCCCCGGGGACCCCAGUGGAGCGUGGCCGAGGCCGGGGGUCCCAGCAGGGCUGGGGUUGGAGUGGGGACUGUCCCCUACACCGCUGUCCCCUCCUGCCCCCACGCCCCCAUCCUCGCCUGUCCCCCCCCCCAAGGGCCGGACCCCCAAUCUCUGUCCUGAGCUCCCGGCGGGCUCAGCCCCGAAGGAGCCCGCGGCCCGGGGGUUGGCUCGGAGGCUCGGGGGCGUCCGUGACCCCGAUCCACAGCUGCAGGAGGGAUUUGGGGCCGCAGGACAGAUGGAGGCCAAGGGCCCCAAAGCAGGAUAAAAGGUUUACACUAAUCAAAAUGCCUGGCUAAUUGGAAAAGGCGCUUAGGGGCUGGCCGGGAGGCGGCGCGGCUGGAGGUGACCCGCUGCUGAAUCAGAGGGGCCGGUAACCUUAACCCGCCGGGAUCGGAACGGAUACGCCGGCCCGGAUCGGGUUCCCGCCCAAGUUUUCCACCCGCGGCUCCGCCACAGCAGGACGGGGCCGCGGCGAGGGACGGUGGCGUGGCCGGGGGCUGCCGCGGUGCCCCCUCGCCCGGGCGCCCCCGGUGCCCAUCGCAAGCCGGCCGGUCUCUAAUCCCAGCCGCGGGUAAUCGAACGGGUCGCAGCCCCCCGGGGCCCCGUCCCGCUCCGUGGGUCCGGGGCAGCGCAGCCGCCCCUGCCGCGGGCGCUCCGUCCGGCCCCGCCGCGACGCCCGGGCUCGGCAGCGCCGGGGAGCCCCCGCCGGCCCCCGGGGGCCGCCCCGCCUCGGCGGAAGAUGCCAACGAAUGGGAUCCACCAGGUGCUGAAGAUCCAGUUCGGGCUGAUCAACUGCGAGAGCCGCUACCUGACGGCGGAGAGCUUCGGCUACAAGGUGAACGCCUCGGCGCCCAGCCUGAAGCGCAAGCAGAUCUGGACGCUGGAGCAGGAUGAAGCCGACAGCUCCAUCGUCUUCCUCAAGAGCCACCUGGGCCGCUACCUGGGCGCCGACAAGGACGGGAAGGUGCGCUGCGAGGCGGAGCAGCCGGGCCGGGACGAAGGCUUCAGCAUCAUCACGCAGUCGGACGGGCGCUGGGCGCUGCAGUCGGCCCCGCACCGGCGCUUCUUCGGGGGCCGCGAGGACCGGCUGUCCUGCUUCGCCCCCAGCGUGACCGAGGGCGAGCUCUGGACCGUGCACCUGGCCAUGCACCCCCAGGCCAACCUGCUGAGCGUCAGCCGCCGCCGCUACGCCCACCUGAGCGCCCACGAGGACGAGAUCGCCACCGACAGCAACCUGCCCUGGGGGGUGGACGCGCUCAUCACGCUCUGCUUCCAGGACAAGAAGUACAGCCUGCGCACGGCCGACGAGCGCUACCUGCGCUGCGACGGCACCUUGGUGCCCGAGCCCGGCGCCGGCACCGGCUACACCCUCGAGUUCAAGGCCGGCAAGUUGGCGUUCAAGGACUGCGACGGGAAGUACCUGGCGCCCACCGGGCCCACCGGCACCCUCAAAUCCGGCCGCAGCUCCAAGCCGGGCAAAGAUGAACUCUUCGAUCUGGAGGAGAGUCACCCCCAGGUGGUGUUCACGGCGGCCAACGGCAGAUACGUCUCCAUCCGGCAGGGUGUGAAUGUCUCAGCAAACCAGGACGAGGAGCUGAACCACGAGACCUUCCAGCUGCAGAUCGACCGCGACACCAACAAGUGCAGCCUCCACACCAACACCGGCAGCUACUGGACCCUGGUGGCCCACGGGGGCAUCCAGGCCGUGGCCACCGAAAUCGCUGCCAACACCAUGUUUGACAUCGAGUGGCGCGGGCGGCGCGUGGCCCUGCGCGCCAGCAACGGCCGCUACGUCUGCACCAAGAGGAACGGGCAGCUGGCGGCCGUCAGCGACACCGUGGGGGAGGACGAGGAGUUCACCCUGAAGCUGAUCAACCGCCCGAUGCUGGUGCUGCGGGGCGAGCACGGCUUCGUCUGCUACCACCGGGGCUCCAACCUGCUCGACUCCAACCGCUCCGUCUACGACGUCUUCCACAUCAGCUUCAGCGACGGCGCCUACCAGAUCCAAGGUCAGGGGGGCAAGUACUGGUACGUGGCGAGCAGCGGCUCGGUGUGCAGCGACGGGGACCUGUCCGAGGAUUUCUUCUUCGAGUUCCGGGAGCGGGGCCGCGUGGCCAUCAAAGGGAAGAACGGGCGGUACCUGCGCGGGGACCCCGCGGGGACCCUGCGUGCCGACAGCGAGUCCGUGCUGCGGGCCACGCUCUGGGAGUACUGACCCCCAGAGACCCCCCCGGAGCCCAGCCCUGCCCACGGGCACCCGCCUGUCCCCGGCACAGCGGGGUGGUGGCAGCUGUGCCCCCGCGACUCGCGGCAUUAAAGUCACCUGGAUCACACCCAGGC